UCUGAGGUGGUAGUUGGUGAAAAAGAAGUGAUAUAGAGAGUACAGAAGUAUUCCCUCCUCCUUAGUGGAGAUAACACUAAAGAGUGACUCGUCAUAGAAGAGUCCAUGCAGGGGGACAGAGCUGAUCUUUGGACUUUCAGUUUGCAACACAAAGUUGGCACGCCGGCCAUCGCCACGCUGCGGAAAUAAUCUCAAGUCACGAUGCUGCUUGAGGGGAAGUUCAGAGAAUCCUCCAGAAUCAUCUGCCUUCAGGUGAUGCCUACGUACGUGCUGGCCGGGGUCGGCAUGGUGACGGCCGGCAUGCUGCUGGACCGAGUGCAGCACUGGGCUGUGUUUCAAGAGAUCUCCGAGGUGUUUAUCUUGGUUCCAGCUCUAGUGGGGCUGAAGGGGAAUCUGGAGAUGACGCUGGCAUCCAGACUGUCAACAGCAGCCAACACCGGGCAGCUGGAGGAGCCUCAGCAGCUGUGGAAGACAGUUAGCUGUAAUCUGGCUCUCAUUCAGGUCCAGGCUACAGUUGUUGGCUUCCUGGCAGCCGUGGCGGCAGUGAGUCUCGGAGUUGUGAGCAGAGGGAAAGUCGACGUUCUUCACGCUGCCAUCUUGUGUGUCAGCAGCGUCACCACCGCCUUCGUGGCCGCGCUAACUCUCGGUCUGGUGAUGGUGGCGGUGAUCGUGUGCUCCAGGAGAGUGGGCGUCAACCCAGAUAACGUAGCCACGCCCAUCGCUGCGAGCCUGGGUGACCUCAUCACUUUGUCUUUGCUGGCAGGGAUCAGCAGCUUCUUCCUGUGCUACAGAGACAUGUGGUACCUACCUCCUGCAGUGUGUGGCUUCUUCCUGCUUCUGGUGCCGGUCUGUGUGCUCGUCGCCCGCCAGUCUCCGCCCGUCACAGAGGUCUUGAGGUCAGGCUGGCAGCCGGUGAUCUUGGCCAUGUCCAUCAGCAGUAUUGGUGGUCUGAUCCUGGAUAGGACAGUGAGCGAUCCAAACUUUGAGGGGAUGGCAGUGUUUACACCCGUCAUCAAUGGUGUGGGAGGCAAUCUGGUCGCCAUCCAAGCCAGCAGGAUGUCUACCUACCUGCACUGUUGGAGUGUUCCUGGAGCUCUGCCGUUCAAAAUGACCAUGAAGUGUCCAGGACCUGGUGGUACCUUCUGCUCCUCAGAUGUGAAUUCCAAAUCAGCCAGAGUCCUCGUCAUCCUUGUAGUCCCCGGUCACCUGCUCUUCUUAUACAUGAUCCACCUUCUACAGGCCGGACACACGGCCAUGACGGCCACCUUCAUCGCCUGCUACCUGUCCGCAGCUCUGCUUCAGGUGGUGAUUCUGCUGCACGCGGCCAACGUGAUGGUGAGGUGGCUGUGGCAACGGGGCUUGGACCCGGACAACUUCUCCAUCCCUUACCUGACAGCUCUGGGGGACCUGCUGGGAACAGGUUUCUUGGCCCUGAGCUUCAGACUGAUUUGGAAGAUCAGCUUGUGAGAGCCUUGGAAUUGGACAGACCGGGACUCGAAGGCCCAUGCAAGACUUGAGAGGUUCUACUUCCGGGUUUUUAGUGUCAUGAUGCCAGUUCUUUGCAGGAUUCAGUGCAUCCGGAAUGUAUUCACAGCGCUUCACUUUCUGUCAUGUCACAGCCUUAUUCCAAAAUGGAAUAAAUUCAUUUUUUUUGUCCUCAAAAUUCUACACACAAUACCCUAUAAUGACAAUAUGAAAUGUUGUAUUUAUUUGUGCACAUUUAUUAAAACUAAAAAAGGCACUAGAACCUGUAAU